AUGAAAAUAAUGCGUUUGCGGCAUGCCAAAGUUAUUGUCGUCCUGAUUGUCAUAGCCAAUCUGAUACUCUUCUACUAUUCAUGGAAGUCAACGCUGUGGAAAAAUAUUGCUGCCUCGCUGACCCUGCCCAGCAUGGAGACAUAUGAUUUGCUCAAAAAACCCACACAGCCACAUGUGGAAAAAUCUCCCAAGGAAAAAGCCCGUAAUGCCUUUAAACACAUACGCAAAUCGAUUACGAUUGUCUUUCGUACAUUUUACACCUUUGAGAAUGACAUCAAGGAUUCGAUAGACAGUAUUUUGGAUGUGAUACCCAAUAUGCCGAUUGUGGUCUAUUUGGAAGGUAUUCCCUACCCUCCAUUAAUAUAUCAACGCAAUAACUCAGCCGGUGGCCAGGAGACCAGUGUGCGUUUUGUUAAUUUGGGAUUUGAUAUUGCCAAACCGGUACACGAACUUAACCCCCUUUCUGCCGUGCAUACCAAAUAUGCCCUCUUUAUGCCGGACAGUGUACGUUUGAGUAGUAAAAAUUUGCUACAGAAAAUUCUUCGAGAAAUCAAUACAAAUAGUUGGGAGAAUAAAGAUGCGAAAGCGGUACAAAAAUCGAAAUCGAUGAUAGCUCCAGAGGAGGUGGUGCGCCGUGUGAUUAUUGUACCCUUUGCCGGGAAUUUGAAAUCAUUCGCUGGUUGCAUACAAAUAACAUUGGAUUUGCCGAAUUGGACCAUACAAUAUACGGCUGUCAAUAGUACAAGUGAUAAAUGUGAUUUGUUUUUACAAAAACAUGCAUUGCUGGUUGAUGUUGGAGUCCUUAAAGAAAUGCCCGAACCCCUGGCUGCACCAUUUCCCGAAAUGUUCUAUGUACAGGCGAAGUUGAGUAAUAUAACGAAAUUCGUAUUCCCAACCUCGUUUCAAGAUGGACGGCGGCUAUUUGCAGCGUAUCACACAAAACAGCGACGUACAGAUAUUCGACGACGCCAAUUUCGGGAGAUGUAUAAAAAAUUACAAAUAAAGCGAAUUGUUCGACGUUCUCAUAAGGUAUCGAUUAAAACCGAUUCCAAGGACUCGUCCUCGUACAAUGCUCAACACAAUCUAGUAUUGGAUACACAAUUCUCCUCGUCGAAUUUCUCAUUACCCCAAGUUACCGACAUCGAUUUAAUCGGUUGUGAACGAACCACCAAAUCCUGUGUGGGCACCGUCUAUAAUCAACGUCCAUUUUAUGUCUAUCUGGGUAAACAUACGCCGCCCUGUUGUUUGGAUAAGCUAAAGAGUACCUUCAAUCAUGUCCUGGAGGAAUUUGAAAAUGUCGGAAUUCGUUAUUGGUUGGACAAUCAGGCGCUGAGAACGGCAAUCGACACCAAUCGUUUAUCACCCGAUGCUUAUGACAUUGACAUCAGUUUCAAUGUCAACGAUUUGGAGCGUUCGAAUUCAUUGAAGAAAUCCCAAAAUAAACCCUAUGUUGAUAACGAGGGGUUCUAUUGGAUAAAGGCCACCGAUGGCCACUACUUUAAGGUACAAUUUUCAAAGAUAAAUCAGAUUGGUGUAAAUCUGUUGCCAUUUGAGAUCAGCGGUAAUGUGGUGAAACCGAAUGGUUUCUUCGGCUGGAAGGCCAAGUCGUUUUCGGCAGAUUUCCUACAUCCCAUGUCGACGGUGCUAUUUUUGGGUAAAAAUAUUAUGUGUCCCAAUAAUGUCAGAGAUUAUUUAGAAUUUAAGAAUAUUCCAUAG